GUUGAGGAGAGCAAAAUGUAAGGCUGAAGGAAAUAAGCGAUAUUAUGAAAAGAAUAAAGAAAAAUUAUUAGAAAACAAAAGAAAUUUGUAUGAAAAGUCGAAAGAAAAAAUACUUCAAACGGCGAGAAUUUACUACCAAAAUAACACAGAAAAAGUUAAAAAUUAUAAAAAGAAUUACCGUCAAAAUAAUAAAGAAAAGGUUCUAAAUAUUGAAAAAAAAUUCCGUCAAAAUAAUAAGGAAAAAAUGCGAGAAUAUCGGCGGAAACACUAUUUAAAAAAGAAAAAUGAAAAAGAAAUUCUCCAAAAUGAAAGCUCGAAAUUGAAAAAUGUUCAGACAGAAAAUAAUGAAGGAUGUUCUUUUGUUGAUAAAGUGACUGAUAAAUUUGUCAAUAAAGGUAAAAUGCCUAUUGUUAACGAAGAGAGCUUUCAGUCUGAAGACGAAAAUAUCUCCAAUCAAAGUGGGGAAGAAUGUACUAAUAAAGAUAAAGUUGAAGCUGAAGUAGAUGAGCAAAAUAAAAAUGUGGUUCAGGAGACAAAUGAAAUUCUUGUUAAUCAGAUAAAUGAGAAAAAUUAUCCUUUUGAUCUGAACGAGAUACCAAAUGAUGAAGAAUGA